AGCAUUAUGAUGUUUCUGAAGAACAAAUGGGGAAUUUAUGGAAGUGGUAUGUGUGGGUGAUAACAGUUUACUUUUAAAAUGUUAAUUAUCUUUGCUUCUACCACCUUGUGAUAUUGCAUGCUAAUAGACAAACGUGAGUGCAUUCCAUCUAACUCAGAGUUGAAAAUCAUCUUAGCAGCAGAUAACUGACAAGCUAUUCCUGACAAGCAUUCCUGAGUAAAUUGUGGUAUUCUAAAUGCCUGCCACAGAAAUUGUCUUGCCUGUCAACACAUGUUAGCACAAAUGAAAGUUUAUUCAGUUGUAUUGUCCUCCCCAGCCACAGAGAUUUUCAGUUUCUUGCUGGCAAACAAAAAUUUCAUUCUAUACAAGUGAAAAACCAAUUGACUUUUGUAAAUGGACACAAGCUUUCUUUUUUUUUCCCAGGUGGAUCCAUUUCACACCUUAUAUGGUAUUGCUGGACUAUCUUUAUUAGGAGAAGAACAAAUUAAGGCCGUUAAUCCUGUCUUUUGUAUGCCAAAAGACAUCCUUCAAAGAAUAAACGUGCAGCCUGAGCUUGUAAGCUAAGCCUUGUAGAGACAAAAGGUUUAUAUGACCAAUUGCUUUGUUUUACUUAUCUCAUCUGUGAAACCGUCAGCAUAUUCUUCUUUUGGAUGUGUUUACAUUUUGGAACUGAAGCAAUAGCUUUGCUGUGGACUUUGUCACUUUAUAAAUUGUAUCAGAACAGGCUGGUUCUCAUAAUCUGAGUGUAACAUGUUCUUUGGUUGUAUUCUAAGAUGUGUAGAAACAUUUAAAUUCUGUAUCUAAAUGUAUGGGCCUUGGCUUUUUUUUUUUUUUUUUUUUUUAAUAUAAUAUUCAAAUCAAAGCUUGACUAUGUGAAUGCUUAGCUUUUCUAUCCCUUGAAUAUCAACCAUGCUGGUACUGGUCUUCAUACAGGCCUCUUUCGAUGGUGGAUCAUCCACUUGAAAAAAGACCCAAACCAAAAUAACAACAACAAACCCAAACAAACAAACAAAAAACACAGUAAGAUCCUACCUAAGCCAUGCACUUAAUACCACACACUUAUGUAUUUAAUUUUUCCUGUUCAUGUUUUUUUCCAUGUUCAUGCAUCAGUUUUCUGUACUGAGAAACAGCUGCUUCUUCUCACAGUAAUUGAUACCAGUGAAGCCAUGCUUAUGGUUCUUUUUAAUAUAUCUAAAUGUCUUCAUUUAUUGAUGAGUCCCUUAGACAAAAUUCCACCGAUGCUUGAAAUACAGCAUACCUUGAAUAUGUUCAGUGAAUCUUGCUAACAUUAAACAUUCUAGAGAAAGUCUCGUUGGACAGUGACUCGUAAUUGAACAUAGAGUUGAUUCUACAUUUGUUGCUGGGCUGAAAUCCUGCUUCUGUAGCUUUUAAGACACUAAUUGUCAAUACUUGAUUAUGGUGUAAUUGAAAAUAAAACUAUCUGUGGAAAAUACUUGUUCUCUGAAGGGUGAAAUCCUCUUUGUCUUCAUAGAAGUGCUAAAAUUGCCUCAAUUUACAUUCCACACAUCCUAGCUGAGACUGAAUGAUAUUCCACUUGUAACAUACAGUAAAAGGUAAUUAUGAAGGGGAAGAAGUCUUGGUUAAUCUCUGUACUUAUGCUUAAGUAAGGCCUAAAGUUGUUUCACCUGAACUUCACUCAGCAGAGAUAGCCACCCAAGAUUUGGCCUGCACAGAUGUGUUGUCAUUUGACAUAUAAACCCAAACUCACUGAAUAGAAAAUACUGGUUUAGGCUACAAUAUUGGGAAUUAAUUUGAUAAUAGUAAAGAAUACUCUAUCCAUGACCAGCUUUUGAACCAACUUCAGUCACAGUAACAAAGUGCCUUUUAGCACUUCAGACGUAAAGGCAGUACAGCAGAACAGCCCGAGGUCUGGUUUGGCUGGAGAGUGCCUUAGUCACGGCGGUCAAGCGAAUGGUUGAGCUUUUUCUCCUCUUAAGGGUGUGUUCUGCAGGAAAAGAAUGCCUCAAGCGGGAGAGCACUCUAAAGCUAUACAUUUCCUAACACCUCAAAGGACCAAGAACCAGCCUUAAAAUGGUCUAUUCCUUCUUCCAAGUUUCAUAUCCCCCCCUCACACCUCCACCACCAUUCUGAAAAGCAUAGUCUCUUUCUGCUUCUAGCAGCUCUGAAAUCCCACAUCACUGUUGCACCACAACUACAGACCUUGAAUCAACUUCCUCCUACCAAAAUAUUGACCCUUAAUUUAUCAGAAGUCUGACAGAUCUCAAAUCUGACAGGGUACGCUCUGCCCGGCGUAGCCUUGCCAGCAUCUCCCGAAUCCAAAUUCCAGGUCAAGGAAGGCACCUUUCAUUGUCCCAAGACACGUACCCAAAUUCCAUUCGCUGCAUCUCAUGCAGAAUUUUCAAAGACAAAAAUCAAACCCACAGCAUAACCUAAAACUUUUGAGAGAACCUUCCUUCAGAAUAACUAGAGUGAUCUGGGUCCCGUGCAGUGGUAACCGUUCAGAAAUAGCUCAGCAUUUGAAUUACACUGAUGGAGGUGAGACGAAUGGCACGGCAGGCCGUGUGGAGUAGGCAAAUGCUUAUGGGCGUAGUGGACAUCUCGUCUCUUUGUUUUUUUGGGUGCCACAGGAGAUGCUGUGCAACCGGUGAGCGGAGUAUCAUCCACUGCUGAGUACAGCGUGCUUCUGGAAGAGGUCAGGGUUGGCUGGCAUGACCUCCAGCCCUGUGUUUUUGCAAAGGGUGAAGAGGCAUCUAUCUGCCGAUGGUAGCAGCGUCCCAGUUAAAUUGAUGUUGACCUUCGUGAGGAUGGAUUCUGAUGCGCAGCCCUCUGAAAGCAAAGUCGAAGAGCCAGUGGUCUGAGGGGGUAAGGUGGAGAGACUGCAGAGCGGAAUGGACGAGGUGCUUAAAUCAGUGCAGCGGUGAGGGGUGUUUAGGAUCGGUCAUGUUGUGGUGCUGAGAGCAGGCGUAGGAUUCGUUCCACAUGAGGUGAGCAUGUGCUGGGCACGGCAGUUCCCGCCUGUGUCCGGCCUCGCCCGACGGUAUCUUUCCCGAUCCAGAGUUGUUUUUUCUGCCUAUGGUAGUCUCGCAUAUUACGGUCACGUCGUGUUACGUGUAGCCGGUGUGUGCUCGGGGUGGAGCUGCACAAGCUCAUACCACUCCCAGUACUGCGGCCCCGCUGGGCCCCGUCACACCGCGCCUCACGCCACUAGGGGCCGGCUCAGCCGUGCCAGCCGGCCGCCCGCUGCCCUGGGUCGAGGGUCCCGCGCCACCCCUGCUCGGCCCCGCCCGCGCGGCAGCUCUCGGGCCGGGUCGGGGCCCCGCUGCGAGGCGGGGGCGCGGCCGGGGCGGUUCUGCGGGCCGGGGCGGGGCGCUCCGGCUGCCGCCUGUCCGUGGCGGAAGUGGCCCUUGGGCGCUGGAGCGCUUCCGGGGCAGCGCCAUCACCGUCACCCUCACCGUCGCCGUCGUGAUUACCAUCAUCAUGACAACGCUCCGUGCCUUCACCUGCGACGACCUCUUCCGAUUCAACAACAUCAAUCUGGACCCGCUGACCGAAACCUACGGGAUUCCCUUCUACUUGCAGUACCUCGCCCAUUGGCCCGAGUAUUUCAUCGUCGCCGAGGCGCCCGGCGGGGAGCUGAUGGGUUACAUCAUGGGCAAAGCUGAAGGCUCUGUGGCUAGGGAAGAAUGGCAUGGACAUGUUACUGCUCUCUCUGUUGCACCAGAAUUUCGACGGCUGGGUUUGGCUGCUAAAUUGAUGGAGCUCCUGGAAGAAAUUUCAGAAAAAAAGGGUGGAUUUUUUGUCGAUCUCUUUGUGAGAGUAUCAAAUCAGGUUGCUGUAAAUAUGUAUAAGCAACUAGGCUACAGUGUGUACCGGACAGUCUUAGAGUACUACUCAGCUAGCAGUGGGGAGCCAGAUGAAGAUGCUUACGAUAUGAGAAAAGCUCUUUCCAGAGAUACAGAGAAGAAAUCGGUUAUACCUCUGCCUCAUCCUGUGAGGCCAGAAGACAUCGAGUAACUUAAGCUGUGGUUCUCAUGCAAUUUACUGAGUGUCAGGUUCCAUCUCCUCUAACCCCCAGCAACUUACGGAUAAGUUUUAGACCAAAUGUUUUUCCCCAAACUCCCUUUUCCUAAUACUAAAAAGCAACAUUUAGAAGCUGACUAACUGCUUCUCUUGGUAAUGGCUGUAUACUGCCACACUUUAUUAUUUUUUCUUUCACAUAUUGGAGAUUUGGAGACUAUUAAAAUGGUAUUACCCCCUG